CGCCAAACCUGGCCUCAAGACACUUUUGUGUGCACGCAAGCGAAUCACUUCCCAGGGAUUCAUUCGGUCGUCUCACAACUGGGUUUCUAGAGAAGGUGCGAGAUUCGGCGUGUCGAGGACUAAAUUUUGGAUAUAAAGUUGGGGCCUAGUGAACGACCGAGCUGGUCAGCAGUCCCCUUCCGUCGUCGGUAUAUUUAGCGCAACCCGUGCAUCAAGUAUGUCCAACCCGGUCAAGCAGGCGGCUGAAGCAGCGCGGUCUAGGGGAAGCGAAGUGAUGGGUACGGCCAAGACAGUCAAGAGCGACAGCGUCGCCGUUGCCAAUGACUUCCUCCACACGCCAUUCAUGCGGGCGGCCCUGCCCUUCAUCAACGGCGGAAUCAGCGGCAUGGUGGCCACCACGGUGGUCCAGCCUGUCGACAUGAUCAAGGUCCGCAUCCAGCUCGCGGGCGAGGGCAAGGCAGGUGGACCGAAGCCGACGCCACUAUCCGUCACGCGCGAGAUCUUGGCCAGCGGCAAGGCGCUCGAUCUGUACACCGGCCUGUCGGCGGGUCUGCUCCGGCAAGCCGUGUACACCACGGCCCGCCUCGGGUUCUUCGAUACCUUCAUGGGCUCGCUGACGUCCCGCGCCAAGGCGAAAGGGCAGAGCGUGGGCUUCGCCGAGCGGGCCACGGCGGGUCUCGCGGCAGGCGGCCUCGCCGCUAUGAUCGGCAACCCGGCAGACCUCGCGUUGAUCCGCAUGCAGAGCGACGGGCUCAAGCCGAUUGCCGAGCGCAAGAACUACAAGUCGGUCAUUGACGCGCUCGUGUCCAUCGCCAAGAGUGAGGGCGUCGGAGCGCUGUGGGCGGGGGCGACGCCGACGGUGGUGCGCGCCAUGGCGCUGAACUUCGGCCAGCUGGCCUUCUUCAGCGAGGCGAAGGCGCAGCUGAAGGCGCGGACGACGUGGUCGACCAACGCGCAGACCCUCAGCGCCAGCGCCAUCGCCGGCUUCUUCGCCUCCUUCUUCUCGCUGCCGUUCGACUUCGUCAAGACGCGGCUGCAGAAGCAGCAGAAGGGCCCCGACGGGAAGCUGCCCUACGCCGGCACGGCAGACUGCUUCGCCAAGGUGGCGAAACAGGAGGGCCUGAUGCGAUUCUAUCGCGGUUUCGGCACGUACUAUGUGCGCAUUGCGCCGCAUGCGUAGGUGGCCCCCGGAGAACUGUGUUUUGCUGGUGGACGCCCGUUGUUUGCUGACAGAUCCUCCUCCCCUCU